CAUGCAUCAACUGACACUUACGUCAUCAUCAUUUACUUCCUCGGAAGGAGAACAAUCCAUCGAUUCAGUCUCAAUAGCAGACAACGACGUCAAGUAGCAUUUAGGUUGAAGGCCACCACCGCCACCGUCGCAAGCAGCACAACCUCCCUCAUCAGUUACUUCCUCGUAAGGAGAACAAUCCCCCGAUUCAGUCUCAAUAGCAGACACCGACGUCGAGUAGCAUUUACGUUGACGGCCACCACCGCCACCGCCGCAAGCAGCACAACCUCCCUCAUUUCUUCUCCCAGUGGAGUACGAAGGCUUUCGCGAGCCCUUCCCUUCGCAGUGCUUUCCGCCUUCGCUUUGCCCUGUUCGAUCAUCGUGCAUUGUUGUUUAUGACUCGGUCGUUGAUGGAGUUCGGUAAGAUCUUGAUCGAAAAUUGGGCUGAUCUUUUCUAGAAGGGCAGUGGAUUCUGCCCUGGGAUGCCGAGCGCGAUGCUUCUUGGAGCAGCGAGGAGGAAGGAGGAGAAAGGGCUCGACUUCGAGCCCUCGGAUGACGACAGCAGGCGCGCCGGCAUGGCCGAGAGCUGCAAGAAUGUCGAGAGCUCUAUCUCCACGGAGGAAGAGUACGCAGUGGAGGUGCCAAAGUUUGGGGCUCAAGACAAGGAUGGUUCCUGUAGGGAGAGCCUCGAGCUCCAGAAGUCGGAACGAGCGCCGCCGCACCGGCUGGCGUCGGCAAUGGUGGUUCCUUUCUCGAGGCCGGCACCGUCGAAGUGGGAUGAUGCGCAGAAGUGGAUCACAGGUCCGGCGUCGAACAGAGUCGGGAGCAAGGCUGGUGGUGGGACAAUGAAGAAGAGCAGGUUGGCCGGCAACGGAGGCGGUCGUGGGACGACGGCGAAGGUUAUCUUGGAAGUUGGGAGGCAAGCUAAGAAGGAAAUUGGUGGAGUUAAGGGUGGGAAUUGGGCGGCAGAGCCUUAUGCUAUGGUGGAUUCAGGGAUGAAACCUGCCACAACCAUGGAGAAUCCAGCUACUGAGAUAGCUGUCAGUCUUAGUCAGCAUGAUCCAUUGGUGUCUGUCAAGAAAGUUGCAGCAUUUAUCGCUCCUACAUUACCAAUUAGGUCUGCGUCCAUGAGGGAUAUGGGUACAGAAAUGUUUCCUAUUCCAAGCCAGGAGCCAUUGCAGACAGGAAGUCCUGCAAGAGAAACUUCACCCCCAACUUCUUCUCGACCAUCAACUUCAGGAAGAACAGUUCCAGCAUCAACUGGCCAACUCCAAACUGCACCAGCUGCUUGCCAUGAUGAUCUAAACAAAACACAGUCAGAAGAGGAAAUAUUAAAAAAAGCUUGCAGAGAAAUAAUGAUUCUUGGCCGGCAAUUGGAUAAUGAAAACAUUGCAGCAUGUGCUAGCAAAGAGGAGGAAACUGAUGCAUCUAUUUCUCUCAAGACUAUACCUCAGAAUCAGUCCAUGAGAAGUGUUAUUGAAGCCCGUGCGGCAGCUUGGGAGGAGGCUGAACAAGCCAAGUAUCUUGCUAGGUUUAAACGAGAAGAGAUCAAAAUCUAUGCCUGGAAAAAUCAUCAAAAAGCAAAGAUUGAGGCAGAAAUGAAGAAAAUUGAGGUUGAGGUAGAGAGAACAAGAGCUCAUGCACUUGAGAGGCUGAUGAACAAGGUUGCAGCAGCAAGCCACAGAGCCGAGAAAAUGCGUGCCGCAGCACAAGCCCAAAGAAAUUACCAAGAUGCAACAACUGCAAAGCAAGCAGAGUACAUUAGACGAACUGGUCGAAUUCCCUCAUUUUUCUACUGGAGUUGCUGCUUUAAGCCAUCAUCUUUACUGAAAUAUGAUGUAUUCUGAUGUUAUGUUCUACAGUAGAAGGUCGACCAAAAAUUGUUCUUCGAAGUUUCUUAUGCUGAUCUUAUCAUAAACCACAUGUUCUCUUAUUUAGGAGGAGCCUUGGAUUUUGCUUUUCAUUUUUUUCUUCAAUGGUACUUCGAUUGUAUU